CGGAAGGCGGUGCAGAGCCGGGCUGUCCGGCGCGUGGGGCGGCGGCAUGCAGAGGGACCCCGGCCCGCGGGGCGCGCGCCGCGCGCUGGGCCGCCUGCUGGAGGCGGUGCUGGCGAGCCGCGGCGAGGCCAACGCCGUGUUCGACAUCCUGGCCGUGCUGCAGUCCGAGGACCAGGAGGAGAUUCAGGAUGCGGUGCGCGCGUGCAGCCGCCUUUUCGGGGCCUUGCUGGAGCGGGGGGAGCUGUUCGUGGGCCAGCUGCCCCCAGAGGAGGCCGUCAUGGCAGGGUCCCAGGGGGCCACUCGGAAGUACAGGGUGUGGAUGAGACACCGAUACCAGAGCUGCUGCAACCGCCUGGCGGAGCUCCUGGCCCACCCCUCGUUUCAGGUCAAGGAGCUGGCCCUCGGCACACUCAUGAAGUUCGUGCGGCUGGAGGGCGCACAUCCCCUGGAGAAACCCAAGUGGGAGGGCAGCUACCUGUUCCCCCGCCAGCUCUUGAAGGCGGUGGUGGAAGGCCUGCUGUCCCUGGAGGAGGACCGCUCGCUGCUCCUCUCCCAGUUCCGGGAGUACCUGGAGCACGACGACGUCCGCUACCAUGUGAUGCAGGCGGUCACAGACACGGUGGCCCGGGUCGCCAGCGGGCACCCCGAGGUGCCCCUCGCCUUCUGGAACAACGCCUUCACGCUGCUGUCCGCCGUGAGCCUGCCUCUCCAGGAGAGCGACCUUGCUAACUUCUAUGUGAAGCGCUCAGAGCUGUCGGACAAGUGGAAGGUCACCCAUCUCAAGGAGCACCGGAGGGCCUUCCAGGCGAUGUGGCUCGGCUUCCUCAAGCACAAGCUGCCCCUCAGCCUCUACAAGAAGGUGCUGGUGAUCGUGCAUGACGCCAUCCUGCCCCACCUGGCCCAGCCCAGUCUCCUGAUCGACUUCCUCACUCGUGCCUACGACGUGGGGGGCGCCAUCAGUCUCCUGGCCUUGAACGGACUUUUCAUCCUGAUUCACAAGCACAACCUGGAGUACCCCGACUUCUACCGGAAGCUCUACGGUCUCAUGGAUCCGUCCAUCUUCCACGCCAGGUACCGGGCGCGCUUCUUCCACCUGGCCGACCUCUUCCUGUCGUCCUCCCACCUGCCCGCCUACCUGGUGGCCGCCUUCGCCAAGCGCCUGGCCCGCCUGGCCCUGACGGCGCCGCCCGAGGCCCUGCUCCUGGUGCUGCCGUUCGUCUGCAACCUGCUGCGCAGGCACCCGGCCUGCCGCGUGCUCGUGCACCGGCCCCGGGGCCCCGAGCUGGAUGCCGACCCCUACGACCCCGACGAGGAGGACCCCGCCAAGAGCCGGGCCCUGGAGAGCUCGCUGUGGGAGCUGCAGGCCCUGCAGCGGCACUACCACCCCGAGGUGUCCAAGGCCGCCGGCGUCAUCAACCAGGUGCUGUCUGUGCCCGAGGCCAGCAUCGCGCCCCUCCUGGAGCUCACGGCGUUCGAGAUGUUCGAGCGGGACCUGAAGAAGAAGGGGCCUGAGGCGGUGCCGCUGGAGUUCAUCCCGGCGCAGGGCCUGCUGGGCCGGCCGGACGACCUCUGUGCCCAGCACUUCUCUCUCGGCUGACCUCGGCGCCCCGCCCCCCAAUAAACGGUUUUGUAGGAGA